GAUAAACAGAAUGAAACUCUGGGCGAGAUUGAAAAACGGCUUGUUUCAAGCACAAGGAAAUUAGACACGCUGCAACAACAAGUAAGCAACCAAGAGAAGAACUCAAUAGAUUACUGUGUGAAUUUACUAGACAAGAAGAAUUAGUGACUAUUUUUUGUUGCAAUAAAUAGGGAACGCUUGUCUGGUUCUUCAAUUUAAAAGGUGCAGGCUCAGUUUGUCUUCCUUUUGUUUUUUUUUUUUUCAUUUCUCCAAAUGUUUAGAACAUGAACAUGUCUCGAGAAACUAGAAUGGAACUUUUUGAAAAGAUGGAGUAUUUAACGUUAACGGUAAGAAGCUUGCCUGCAAUACAAUGUGUUUGAAUUCAUUUCAUUGAAGAGCUGUUCGUUCUACAGACUGGUGUGAGGAAACAGGGUUGAAGUAAUGAUGUCAUUCCACAUCUUAUUUCAAAGGAUUAAAGAGCUUCCAAACAUGACUUGGUUCGGAACUCACACCUCUGUACACAUCAACUAAAAGACGUCUAAAAAACUUAUGAAUUGAUGACUGUAACUCUGAUCACCAUGAAUGUUCUCCUUGUAAUAUCAAUGCUUUGUGAAAAAGAGUGGUCAUGAGAAUAUAAGACAUGUUAACACAAGAUGAAUUUGUUUGAUAUUUUAUAAACUUCUCCCCACUUGUUCUAUAGGAAAUGAAUAGGAGCAACAAAUGAGAUUUAAAAUUUUGAUCUUCGGGUUUAAAGGGUUAACGUGAUACCAGCCUCAGAGGAAGCUUUGAACCAGGGAAUGUCGGGGAGCUCUUUUGACUAAUAUGCCUACAAGGAGGACCCAGGGUCACACCUCUCUAUAUUUAUACGGAAACUGACUAAACUAUUAUUUUUACUCUUUUAGGUAGAAAAAAGCAAUUCUCUCCGGGAAGAGAACGAAAAUUUGAAGGAAAGACUCAGAAGUCUGGAGAGUUUGGUGAAGGUGAGUUGUGAAUUGCAAUAA